GCGCACGCUGCUGCAGACAGUAGACAUUCCCUCCAGAGUUGGAAGGCAAACGCCUAACACGACGAAGACAGGGACCGGGAUAACACUACAGAAUGUCUCACGAAGUUGCAGAUUUAAAUGGAAUUAAUUUACUUUAAUGACAAAUUAGGACGAAUAUGUCAUCCCAAGACGCCCGUCUCCAAACUUUAUGCACUUCACAAUACAGUUUCCAGGUGUGACAUUGCAACGCAUCCACACUGAACACACUGCUGGACCCCUUGCAGGCACCAACGCGGCUCGCAGGAACUGGUGUCAGUACACAGUGUCGAAGACUGUGUCAUGCCAGGUGCACAACGGGACGGAGACGCUAGUGCAGCGAGUGUUUCAGAGUUGCCGGUGGCCAGGACCCUGUUCUAACCUCAUCAGUUACAGGACCCUGGUCCGGCCCAUGUACAGGCUGACGUUUCGCCAGGUGACAGCACUGGAGUGGAGGUGCUGCCCAGGCUUCCUGGGAGACGACUGCAAAGAGGGUGAGUAG